AUGGUUAUUUUGUUGCUUAUUGUUCUUAUUGGGUUGAAGACAUCGGUUAUAGGAGCACAAUCUAUUGGAAUAUGCUAUGGGAGAGUGGCAAACAACUUACCUCCUGCAAAGGAAGUAAUAGAUCUUUACAAAUCAAAUGCUCUUGAGAAAGUUGGAGGUGCUAAUUUGGAAGUAGUCAUAUCAGAAAGUGGAUGGCCUUCUCAUGGUGAUGUUGCUGCAUCAGUUGAAAAUGCACAAAUCUACUAUGAGAAUUUAAUUAAGCAUGUUUCUAAUGGGACUAUUAGUAGACCUAAUCAAGCAUUAGAAACUUAUUUAUUUGCCAUGUUCGAUGAAAAUAAAAAAGGACCUGCUGAAACAGAGAGACAUUACGCCCUUGUUAGCAAGAAUAUAUUUUAUGCAACACUCAAAAUUGUUCAGCCAAAUACUGACUAA